GGGGGGUUAAUAGUGAUGAUGAGGAGGGGACGCCACACAGCACAGAGCUGUACUUCCGCGAGGUUAGUGCGUAUAAUGAUACGGUUACUAAUAGCUCGGUGUUGUUGUUGGGGAAGGCCGUAAAUGCCUAGUAUGGCGUUGGCUUAGAGUACCUAUGACGUUGGUGUUUCUUGGGUAGGGGUAAUGUGAAUAUGAAUUAUAUGGAAGCCGUUUUAAUAUACAUAAGGGUAUUUUUCUUCAUUGGAAUUCAAUGUGAUGAUCCGAAUAUCUAAAGAUUUACUUGAACCUAAUUGGGUGAGUAUUUAGCUACUGGUGAUAUGUCUUUAGCUCGUUUUACCUAAUAGCGGAAUAUGCCUCUACCAAGACUUUCCUCAAAUUUGACUUUUCGCUUAAACCUCAAAGCGUCCUCAAUGAACAAUUCACCCGUGACUCCUAUAUCUCACUACCAGGAAUCCCGAAAGGGAUUUAAGUAAAUUCACUUAAAUAAUCGAGGUCACUCUUUCAUUCCGCAUCACAUCGCAUCUCACUUCACCUCACUUAAAAUGGAGGAUGAUCGGGCGCAAACCGAUCUAGGCAUCGCCGCCGACAUCGAGGAGGCCCAUGCGGCGCCCCCAGCGCCCUCAUCAACAUUAAGACAGCCCAAGAAAAGAUUCAUCGGGCGUAGAGCCGCAGCAGGGUCUUCACGAACCAGCACCACCACCAGCAGCCCCCUAACCCCCGAAACUGGCGCCGUACAAGCACCACAACCCCGGCGUGCCCCGCGCCUCCUCAACCAAGUCCCCGCAGACCUCCUCAACGACCCGGAGCUGAAAGCCGCCAUCUCCCUACUGCCCGUGAACUACUCCUUCGAGAUCCACAAAACGAUCCACCGGAUCCGGAGCUCAGGCGCAAAGCGCGUAGCGCUGCAGAUGCCGGAGGGUCUGCUCCUGUUCGCGACGACGAUCUCGGACAUCCUGACGCAGUUCUGCGCGGGCGUCGAGACGCUGAUUAUGGGGGACGUGACGUACGGGGCGUGCUGCAUCGACGAUUACACCGCGCGCGCGCUGGGCUGUGAUUUGCUCGUGCAUUAUGCGCAUAGUUGUCUGAUUCCCGUCGAUGUCACGCAGAUCCGUGUGUUGUACGUUUUUGUGGAUAUUAGUAUUGAUGCGACGCACCUUCUCGCUACGCUGGAGCGCAACUUCGCGCCCCCGAAGAAGGUUGCUGUGGUCGGGACUAUCCAGUUCAAUGCUACGAUCCACGGCGUGCGGGCGGCGCUUGAGAAGGCUGGGUUCGGCGUCGUGGUGCCGCAGAUUGCGCCGUUGUCGAAGGGGGAGAUUCUGGGGUGCACGUCUCCGCGGUUGGCGGAUGAGGAGGGGGUGGAUUUCAUUUUGUACCUUGGCGAUGGCCGCUUCCAUCUUGAAAGUAUUAUGAUACAUAACCCGUCGAUCCCGGCGUACCGAUAUGAUCCGUACUCGCGCAAGCUGACGCGCGAGACGUACGGGCAUGAGGAGAUGCAGAGUCUUCGACGCGAGGCUAUAUCUACGGCUAAGAGGGCUAAGAAGUGGGGGUUGAUUCUCGGUUCGUUGGGUCGUCAGGGGAAUCCGCAUACUAUGACGUUGAUUGAGAAGAAGUUGGAGGAGAUGGGGAUCCCGUGGGUGAAUCUGUUGCUUAGCGAGAUAUUCCCUGGAAAGCUGGCUAUGAUGAGUGAUGUCGAGUGCUGGGUCCAGGUCGCGUGCCCAAGGCUGAGUAUAGACUGGGGGUAUGCGUUUCCGAGACCACUGUUGACGCCGUACGAGGCAUUGGUUGCGUUGAACGAGCGACAGGAUUGGAAGGAGAGUGGCGUGUAUCCUAUGGAUUAUUAUGCUAGGGAAGGUUUAGGACGAACGAGGGAUGUUAAGGUCUCUAGUUGAGAAGUCGAUAUUAUAAAAAUAUAAAUAAAAAGUUAGGUACC